AUGAAAGUUUUAGAGACACAAGUUGCUCAAGCUUCAUCAGCGAGUAGAGCACCACCGGGUACCCUACCAGGCAAACCAGAGGUGAAUCCUAAAGCUCAUUGCAACGCUGUCUCGGCCAGAGAGGAUGAGGAGGCUCAAGAAUCUGAAAAAGAAACUGAAAAGAAGGUUGUUGAGAAUGGAACAAUCAAUCUCCUGCCUAAAUCUGUCGAGCCCAAGCGUAGUGUGAAAAUUCAUGCUUGUACCUCGUCUGAGCGAUUAUAUGUACCAAGAAUCUCGUACCCUGUUGUGUCACAACAUCUGAAAGAACCUAUCAACGAGAAGACACUAGCUGGGUUUAAGAAAAUAAUGAAAAGGAUCCCUUCUACCACGUCGUUUGAAGAUGCUUGGAGCAUGUACCAUCUGAAUCGGUUCUUCAUAAACACAAGAGAAUCAGCGGAGGAGAUAAAGGAAUUAUUCAUCAAAACCAUGAAUGCAUCAUCUCCGAUAAAGACUCUCCCCAAAUUAGAAGACCUCGAAAAGUUCGUGGUUCCGUGUUCAAUAUCAGGAAUCAAGUUCAUGGAUUCUCUCUGUGGUAUUGGGUCUACAGUUAGCCUCAUGGCCAAGGACAUCGCUGAGAGGUUGGGCCUUAAAAUUGAAUCACCAAAGCUAACUCUAGAAUUUGCAGACUCCUCUACCAAGUCUCCGCAAGGUACCGUAGUGGAGAUGAGCAAUGGUUCUAAUAGACCGUUUAUUCUUGGAAGAGCGUUUUUAGCCACGGUGGGUGCAGUUACGGAUAUGCCUAACAAGAGAAUCUCUUUUGUGAAAAUCGAUGAGAGUGUCUUCUACAGAGCCGAGCCCACAAAUAAGUGUACACGAUUGGCCUCUAGCAUCUCUGUACUCAAUCAGAGCACUCAUGUACCUAUUUCUAAGGAGGACCUCAUGGAUAAAGGUCAGUCUAAUGCAAAAGCAAAGAAGAAGCUGAAAUGCAAAAGGUUCAAGGGCGAUCCUCAUCUGAUGUUGAUACCUCACAGUUGUUCUGAUGGAAUAAUUGAUUAUGAGGUGAAAUGCAAAGGAACCUCAAAGCCUUUUUCGAAAGUCAGAGCGGUUCUCACUUCCGAGAUGAAAGAGAAAGGUAUGGAAGUUGUGAAAGGUUUUAUGAGCAAGGUUCUGAAGCUCAAAGUGUUUGAUGGUGGGACUUGUUUUGGAGCAAGCUCUCAUGCUCACCUGGACUGA